GCACAGGAUUUUUCUCUGCCUCCGCUUGAGCGCUUGCACAUUACUGUUGUCCCACUACUAGCUCAUGACUGCUGCAGAUGAGCUCUUAUACUCUUAUCCAAGCACUCCCACACCAUCCCUAUCUUCGGUGGAUCAUGGCAGGGCCAGAAUUACACUCGUCAUUCUUAUCAUCGUUAAUUUGCUUAAUUACAUGGAUCGUUUUACUAUAGCAGGUAUAUCGUAGACUGAGUUCUGCCCUUCAGGUAUUCCAAAUUUCGUGAAAUCGUUCUACUCAAUCAGUGAGGAGCAACUUGGCUUGUUGCAAACCGUCUUCUUUGUCACUUAUGCACUUUUAAGUCCCAUCGCUGGUUAUCUCGGUGAUCGAUGGCAGCGAAAGACUAUUAUGCUAAUCGGAUUGGUAUUGUGGAUUGCUGUGACCCUUGCCAGCUCCUUUGUGCCCUCUCACCUUUUUCCUCUAUUCUUAUUCACUCGAUGCCUGGUGGGUGUGGGUGAAGCCAGUUAUUCAACGGUGGCUCCAACUAUUAUUUCUGACCUUUAUACUGGAAGCUCUCGAACACGAGCUCUGGGAUAUUUUUACUUCGCAGUUCCCGUCGGAAGCGGUCUCGGUUAUAUCAUUGGAUCAGCUAUGGCUCGUUGGAGUGAUCAGUGGCAGUGGUCUUUACGCGUCACUCCCAUUUUCGGGGUCAUUUGUGUGAUUCUCCUGGUAUAUCUACAUCGUGAUCCACCGAGAGGUCAUGCGGAAGGAGCGGUCCACUUGAACACGACGUCAUGGUUACUGGAUUUGAAAUAUUUGUUGUCGAACGAAGCCUUCCUAUUGGUUAGCGCAGGCUUCACUUGUGUCUGCUUCAUUCUUGGUGCGGUCACUUGGUUUGGCGUUCAUCUGAUUGAAAUGGGCAUCAACGCGAGGCAUGACGACCCCACUGCAUGGAGAGCAUAUGACAUUCCUUUGAUAUUUGGCACCUGUCUAUGCUUCUCCGGAAUCAUUGGGGUCUUAUCUGGUGCCUAUUUGGGUCGGGUAUUACGUCAACACUUCGCAACCGCCGACGCUUUAAUUUGCAUGGCCUCUCAAUACUGGUCUUCCUAGUCGACCUACUACUAUGUAUC